AUGGCGCUGCAGGCAGCCUUGGAGAGCUUCCACGCAGAGACCAAGUGCCCCGUGUGUCUGGAGGAACUGACAGACCCGGUCACGGUUGAGUGCGGGCACAACUUCUGUCGCUGCUGCAUCCAGCAGUCCUGGGCCGGUCUGGAAGGCAGGUUCCCCUGCCCGGUGUGCCGACACCAAUGCAAAGAGCCUCACCUGCAGAGCAACGGGCAGCUGCGGCGGAUCGCCGAGAUCACCCGGCGGCUCCCCGGGGGCAGCAGCGGCAAGCGGCCGAGGCCCGGGAGGACGUGCUGUGACCCGCACGGCCAGGACCUGAGCCUCUUCUGCGAGGAUGACCUGGAGAUGCUGUGUCCCCAGUGCGCACAGGCCCCCGAGCACGGAGGCCACCGGCUGUCCCCCGUCGCGGAGGCCGCCAGCCACCACCGCAGAAAACUGCGUGGCUUGGUGGGACCCCUGAAGCGGCAGCUGGAGGAGGUUCAGAAGCUAAUGAGCGAGCAAAGCAAACAACCCUCGGCCCUGAGGCAGCAGAUGGAGAGGCAGAGACAGAAGCUGUCUUCGGAACUUGAGCAUCUCAACCGAUUUUUAGAACUCCAGCAGCAGACGGCCGUCUCCAGGUUGGCAGAGGAGGAGGAGAUCCUCCGAGAGAAACUCAGCAAAAACAUAGAGGCGUUCUCCAACUAUGGCUCCACGCUCAAAAGCCUGCUGGGCAAGAUAGUCCAGCACAGAGCGAUCUCAGACACGGAGCUGAUAACAGAAGUGAAAAAUUUCUAUAAGAAGUGCGACAGUGAGAUGAGCCCAUCCAUCCUUUCAGUUCAGCUGAAGACAGACACCUGCAAUUUUCCUCCCUUGUGUUCUGCCCUGCAAAUACUGAUAAAGGAGUUCAGAGAAGAGGUCAUUCUAGACCCAGAAACAGCCCACCCUAACCUGGUCGUCUCUGAGGACAAAACAUGCGUGAAAUUUUCAAAGAGGAAACAACGCCUUUCUAACUGCUCAAAAAGGUUCACAGUCAACCCUGUUGUGUUGGGUCUCCCCUAUUUCUCUUCUGGGAGGCACUUCUGGGAGGUGAAGGUGGGGGACAAGCCUGAGUGGGCCAUUGGUGUGGGCAGAGCCUGUCUGUCGAGGAGGGUGAGGCAGGCAUCCACCCCACAGGGGUGCUGGAGGCUGCUGCUGAGCUCGGAGGGCUACCAAGCCCCGGGAGCUGACCCUGCCCCCUUGCGGCUAGAGGUCAAGGCCAGGAGAAUCGGCGUUUUACUGGACUACGAGCUGGGGCAGCUCUCCUUCUAUGACAUGCCUGAGAGCUUGCACAUCUGUACUUUGGGGGACACUUUUACCGAACCCCUCCAGCCUUAUUUCUAUGUAGGCCCUCAUUCAAAACCCAUCCAGAUCUGUACAGCAAUGGAUUGAAAGAAAGCCCACCAGGUGGACAGAGCUCCUUGAAUAGGUCUUUGUUUUCCGUGCUUUCAACGGGGGAUUUCCUAGGGGGAUUGCUGUUGGAUGACAGAAGG